AUGGCGAAAUCCAGUAGUUGGGAUAUCCCAGAGUCCAGUGCAUCACCUCUUUAUAUUCCUCCACCUCGUGAGGAGACUGAUGAUGAAGGAUGCCAUGAGUUAUUGUCUGGCCAUUUGACACCAAGAUCACAUGUUUUGUCUGGACAAAGACAUGCAUUGUUGAUGCGUCGUAACACGAUGUUUGAGUGUCGCAUUGGUUCGAACACAAAGUCAUCUAAGAAAGAUGGUGACUACAUGUCUGAAGACCGAGUAAAUACUAACACGCCCUUGCCUCAAUCAUCCAUGAACAACAAUGAAAAGGUAGGACCAUACAUUCAGGCUCCAUCAACCACACCAAUGGCACCACUGUUUGAUGAUUAUGAAUGCAUGACUAAAGAACACCUAACUGACAACAGUGAUGAUGACGAGGGAGGUAUAUUUGAAGAGGACGAGGAAGAGGAUGAGGGAUACAUGUUUGUCGGGCAAGAUGAGGAAGAUGAUGACAAUAUCCAAGACAAUGACCUUGAGGAAGAUAUGACUUCUAUCCCUGAAGUACCUGACCAAUAUGAUGAGGUGUAUAGUAACAUGCCUACUGAUACCCAUAUGCUAAAACCUGUCACAAAUUGCAACCACUGCGAUGCAAAAAGGUUUGAGCAUGAAUCACCUGGGUUCUGUUGUCGCAGCGGAAAGGUUGAGCUCAAUGAUCCGAACGUACCUGAUGAGCUUAUGAGGCUUUGGUCAAGUAACGAUGCAGAUGCUAGGCACUUUCAUAAUAGCAUUAGAUUUUUCAAUGGCCAUUUCUCUUUCACUUCUCUAUAUUGUCGCCUCGAUAGUGCUACUGCAAGCAUGAAAAAUAGUGGCAUAUACACCUUCCGUGCACACGGACAGAUCUAUCACAACAUAAGGUCAUUUGGUAGAGAAGAUGGUAAGGAGCCAAGACAUCUUGAGCUUUACUUCUACGAUGAUGAUCCAAACCUUGAGCAUCGCUAUCGACGAUGUCGUGAAGAGAAGUGCCAAAAAGAUAAGGAAGUUAUUGAGAGGCUGGUGGCCAUCCUUCGUGACAAUCCAUACUCACAACAUCUUAGAAGUGUGGGCCAGGCUGAAGACCUCGAGGACUACCAUGUCAUGCUAAACCUUGACCAGAGGCUGGACCAGAGAACAUACAAUGUGCCAUCAACUUCAGAGGUGGCUGCUGUUUGGAUUGAGGGAAGCGAACUCCUUGACUCCCCUGGUAGAUUAUGUGUGUCUGUGCGUGACUACUACUGCUACAAGUUUCAGAUGCGCCCAGGAAUAUUUAAUCCCAUACUGUAUGGUAGGCGUCUAUUCCAGCAGUUUGCAGUUGACACGUACAUCAAGAUCGAGAGUUCUCGAUUAGAUUAUAUACGAAACCAUCAAGAUGAUAUUAGAGCAGACCUCUACCAAGGAUUGGUUGAUAGCCUACAUGCUGGUGAAGGUAGAGCAGAAGCUAUUGGAAAGCGAACAGUAAUGCCUUCAUCGUUUAUUGGAGGUCCACGUGACAUGAGGCGUCGAUACAUGGAUGCCAUGGCUCUGGUACGGAGGUUUGGUAAACCAGACAUCUUCCUCACUAUGACUUGUAACCCGAACUGGGAUGAGAUCAAGCGUGAACUCUACCCUGGCCAGACACCACAAGAUCGUCCAGAUCUUGUUGUUCGGGUCUUUAGAGCAAAACUACAAGAGCUAAAGGAUAGACUACUAAAAAAGGAUAUCCUUGGAAAGGUGCGGGCACAUGUUUAUGUUGUGGAGUUCCAGAAAAGAGGUUUGCCGCAUGCACAUUUUUUACUAAUCAUGGAUAGGAAGUAUAAGAUCACGUGCCCGGAGCAGUAUGAUCGCCUCAUCUCAGCUGAGCUCCCAAAUAAGAAGAAGUACCCAGUCUUGUAUAAGAUGGUUACCAAACAUAUGAUGCAUGGCCCUUGCGGAGUGCUUAAUCACAAUUGUCCAUGCACAAAGGGGCGUGAUUCUUGCAAGAACCGAUAUCCUAGACCUUUCUGUGAUGUCACAGUACAAGGCAAGGACUCAUAUCCAGUUUAUAGACGACGUGAAGAUGGCCGAAAAGAAAAAGUUCGUGGACACGAGCUUGACAAUAGAUGGGUCGUGCCUUACAACCCAUAUCUCCUUCGUCUGUUCAACUGCCACAUCAAUGUUGAGGCAUGUGGGAGCAUCAAGGCAGUCAAGUAUCUGUUUAAUUACAUUUACAAGGGUCAUGAUCGAGCGUCCGUGGCUAUAAAAGAAGCUGACAAGGAGGAUAGUGAAGCUAACGUUGAUGAGAUCAAGCAGUAUAGAGAUGCUAGAUGGCUACAUCUUCCAGACAUGCACAUGGUGUCAUUUCACCGACGCCAGGGGAUUCGACGAGUGCUUGAUCGUCCAGGUGCUGACAAGUCAAUGCUUACAGCAUACUUUGAGAAGAAUAGAACAGAUGAAACAGCUCGAGGUGUAUUGUAUCGGGAUUUCCCCGAGUUCUAUACAUGGCUCUUUGCAACAAUAUUGGUAUUUUGUGAGCCCAGUGAUGUGUUUGGACUAUGGGAGAAACAUAAGGAGGCAAUGUCAGAGGACUAUAAGCGCAAUAAUCAAUCCACCUUCAUGGUAGAGCAGAAGGUCCUCAAAGAUAUUCAAAAAUCGCUACAAUCAAUGCAGAAAGAUAUUAAGAUAUACCCACUUCCUGAUAUCGACAACACAUAUGACGCCUCUUGUGAUAUUCCCAGAGAGAUUUUUGAGGAGGCUAGCAUUGAGGCUAACGAGGAUGAUGUGGCUCUCUCAGACACCCUUAAUGAGGAGCAGCGAGCAGCAUACAAUGAGAUUAUGUCCUCGGUUGAUACUGAGGAUGGGGGUCUCUUCUUUGUGGAUGGUCCUGGAGGAACCGGAAAGACUUAUUUGUACAGAGCACUUCUAGCUACUGUACGCAGUCAGAAAAAGAUUGCUGUGGCAACAGCUACAUCUGGUGCCGCAGCCUCAAUAAUGCCUGGUGGUAGAACCGCCCACUCACGCUUCAAGAUUCCCCUCACCAUUGAUAAUGGGGCCUUUUGCACCUUCACAAAACAACAAAGUGGUACUGCCAAGCUGCUUUGA